UUACUCCCACGUGUUUCGGUGUUUGAGCAUCAUAUAUGCUUACGUGAGUCUCAUCUGUGCAAGUGAGGUCCAUCGUAAUACAACAGUGAAAAAAUUUUAACCAUGUCGGCACCUUUGGUAACCUCGUUUUAUAGAAAAACAAGGAAUGGAAUUUUCAAGGUGGUACGAGAACAUUACUUGAGAGAUGACAUUUGGUGUGGUUCAGAAGCUUGUAACAAGUGUGGACGCAAUCCAAAAACUAUAUUAUUAGAUGAUGAAAAUCCAGGAUCAAAGAGUAAGUUGUUUAAGGGCCCAUACUACUUGGUCCUUGACACAAAUAUUAUUUUGAAUCAGAUUCAUGUAUUGGAGGAAAACAUAUUUUGCAAUGUAAUUAUAUCUCAGAUUGUGUUGAAUGAAGUUAAACACAGGAGUUCUAACGUGUACAAGAAACUAGAAGAACUAAUUGGUGACCCAAGCAGAAAAUUUUACUAUUUCAUGAAUGAACAUCACAAAGAUACAUAUGUUACUCGUGUACCAGGAGAAACUGUCAAUGACAGAAAUGAUAAGGCUAUAAGAGCUGUCGCUCAGUGGUACAAUAGACACUUUAAAAGUCAAGAUAUAAAUAUUAAAACUGUAUUAUUGACGGAUGACGUGGGCAAUAAACAAAAAGCUAAGGACGAAGGCAUACCAGUUUAUUCAAUGAAAGAUUAUGUCGAUUCAUUGGAAAAUGCUGGCUUUUUAAUUGAUAAAUUGGCCAAGAUAGAGUAUGCUCUGGAUGGUGACAAUCGACCACCUCUUUUUCCUUGUCACCUGUCACCAGGACAAAUUCAUGAUGGUAUUAAAAGUGGCAAAUUACUUCAGGGCUCGUUCAUUGCUUCCAGAGAAAAUUUCUUGGAAGGUACAGUGAAUUGUGAGUCCUUGGACAAAUUUAUUUUGAUACAAGGUCGUGAGGCUUUAAACAGAGCAAUAGAUGGUGAUACAGUGGCUAUUGAAUUGUUACCCGAGGAUCAAUGGUCUGCUCCCAGUGAUCUUGUUCUAUUGGAUGAAACCGAGGAAGAUCCUGGCGACACUCUUGACGAAGACGCAGUUCUUGAGAAGAUAACUGUACCGGAAGCUGAAAAGCAACCGACCGGCCGAAUCGUCGGUAUAAUCCGUCGAAAGUGGAGACAGUACUGCGGUAUAAUUCAAAAAAAUCCACUCAAAGACAACACACGACACCUGUUCGUGCCGGCCGAGCGCAAAAUCCCGAAGGUACGCAUCGAGACGCGACAAGCCGAGACGCUGUGCCAUCAGCGCAUCAUCGUCGCUAUCGACUCUUGGCCGCGCAACUCGCGCUACCCGCUCGGUCACUUUGUCCGAGCUCUGGGCAAAAUCGGCGACAAGGACACGGAGAACGAGGUGCUGCUGAUCGAGCACGAUAUUCCCCACAGCAGAUUCUCGGACGAAGUUCUCAGUUUCCUGCCCAAAUUGCCAUGGGUCAUAACCGAUCUGGAUGUAGCGCAACGGCGCGAUCUGCGUCACAUCGACGUUUGCUCGGUCGACCCGCCCGGCUGUACCGACAUCGACGACGCCCUCCACUGCCGCGACCUCGACAAUGGCAAUCUCGAGGUGGGCGUGCACAUCGCCGACGUCUCGCACUUCAUUAGGCCGGGAACUGCCCUGGACAAGGAGGCCUCGCUCAGAGCCACGACCGUCUACCUCGUCGACAAGAGAAUCGACAUGGUGCCUGAAUUACUCAGCUCGAACUUGUGCUCGCUGCGAGGCGGCGAGGAGCGCUUCGCCUUCUCCUGCAUCUGGGAGAUCGAUCGCGAGGCCAACAUCGUCAGCACGGACUACUGCAAGUCCAUCAUAAGGUCGCGCGCCGCCAUGACUUACGAGGAGGCCCAGCUGCGCAUCGACGACAAGACCCAGAACGACUCGCUGGCCAAGUCGUUGCGCGGCCUCAACGACCUCGCCAAGAAGCUCAAGAAGAAGCGUCUCGCGAACGGCGCGCUCGUGCUCGCCUCGCCGGAGAUCCGCUUCCAGGUCGACUCCGAGACCCACGACCCCAUCGACGUGCAGGCCAAGCAGAUGCGCGACACCAAUUCCAUGGUCGAGGAGUUCAUGUUGCUGGCCAACAUAUCCGUGGCCAAGAGGAUAGUCGAGGAGUUCCCCGAGUGCGCGAUGCUGCGACGCCAUCCGGAGCCGCCCCAGGUCAAUUUCGAUCCGCUCAUCAAGGCCGGCAGGCAUCAGGGCUUCGAGAUCGACACGAGCAACGGCAAGGCCCUGGCCAAGUCGCUCGAGGCCGCCGUCAAGGACGACAAUCCGUACUUCAACACGAUGCUGAAAAUUCUCGCCACCAGGUGCAUGAUGCAGGCUGUCUACUUUACCAGCGGCAUGGUGCAGGAGGCCGAGUUUUACCAUUACGGCUUGGCUUGUCCAAUUUACACUCACUUCACCUCGCCCAUCAGAAGAUACGCGGACGUUAUAGUUCAUAGACUGUUGGCGGUUUGCGUGGGAGCCGAUGCCACUUUCUCGGAUCUUUUGGACAAGAAGAGGAGCCACGCUCUUUGUCACAACCUCAAUUACCGCAACAGAAUGGCGCAAUAUGCUGGCCGAGCCUCGGUUGCGCUAAACACACAUCUCUUCUUCAGAAACAAGGUUCAAGACGAGGAAGGAUAUAUCCUGUUUGUGCGCAAAAACGCGCUUCAGAUCCUCAUACCGAAAUUCGGUCUCGAGGGUACGUUAUAUCUCAGCAGGAAGGAUGAAAAAUCCGCCGUCACAUUUAUAUACGAUGCAGAAGAGCACACUCAAAGAUGGAACGAUGUUACGUUCCGCUCGUUCGAUCAGGUUACAGUUCAGUUGAGUCUCGAUCGCACAAACGUGCAGCACGAGAAGCUCGUGUUCAAGCUCGUCAAGCCAGAGAUUCCUGGCUUUAGUGUACCAGCCUGUUCAGCGACGCCGAAUGAAAGUAAUGUAGAAGAUGUAACGGAAGAGAUUAAAUUGGAGUCCGUGACACUUGAAGAACCAAUGAUUACAGACAAGCCUGUUGCUGCGGCGAAGCGAAAAUCUGACAGCUUUGAAGAAGCACAAAAAUCUACGCCAGAAGCGGAGCAAGUGAAAAAUAAGACGUCUCGUAACCGUCGCAAAAAGCGCAAAAAUUAAAUAAUUUCCAUGAUCGAGAUCGUGUAAAGUUGUAUAUAGAGACUGUACGGUU